AUGCAAAUACGCGUUGUUAUACGGCUAUAGACGGUAGCGCCGUCAGCACGGCAAAGAACGCAAUCUGUGGCCAUUUCAGUGCUCCAACCCUUAAUGCCAUCAUCACCCCCGUGUAGUGACAGUGCCGACAUAUCACAGUGCAGUGCACGAUGCCCGAGUGAGCUCGCCCUCAAUGAAGAUAUCGAAUCUGGCGGAUUUUAAAAGUGACACGGUCCGGAGGUGGGUCGAGUCGAACCCGUCACCCACCCUCCAGAACCUCGACACCCCCAAGUCCGCCAAGAACAACAACAACAACAACACCAUCGAGUUCUGGCACCGGCAGACCGCCGACGACAUGCCCAUGUUGCUCCACCAGCCGCCCUCGCACGUCCUCCUCGCCGGCCACGAGACCGACCAGCCCCUCGACUUCACCAUGUCCAAGUUCAAGACCAAGGCGGCGACCACGGUGGCCUCCCAGCUCAAGAGCUUCGCCGCCCAGCAGCACAUGAUGCUCAACGGGGUGUACUUUAACCGCAACAACAACAAGGGUUUCACGCGCGGCUCGAGUCCGUCGAGUAGCUCCGAGGAGGAGGGCGUCGGGCCGCCGACGGAGGAGUCCCCCAGGUCCCUGCCGCCGAGCCCCGCACCCCGCGCCGACGAGCUGGCAAACUCUCCGGUGACACCGUCGGGGGAGAAGCAAUACGGUAAAUUAUGGCUGAACGAUCCUGAGAUGCCUUGGCGGCAGGAGCUGCAAGUACCUUCGAGCGAGGAGUCGAAAGUAGCGCUCCAGACCAGACUGGGCCUCUCGCCAAGUGAGCAGCGUUCGAUAACACGGAUGGACAAGACGCCUUCGACGCCGCCAUCGAACGACGACGGCGACGCCAACGGCGACAUCAGCGGGGACGAGCACAGCUUCACCAGCGAGCGCCCAGGUGAGCACAAUGACGACAACUCGAUGGACUCAGACAGGGGCGGCGCCCUAAACCUGGUGACUAGCGAGUCCGAGCAGCCUCGGGCGUCCUCCCCCAGCUCGCAGGUGACGAGUUCGAGUCCCGGGGUGAACGCUGCUUUGGCGGCCCUCGGCGGCUUCAGCUACCACUUGGGGGUGUUGGGAAGUCUGCAGGCUUUUCAAAGUCCGCAAGGCCUCCAACAACUCCAACAACUCGCGAUGCUCCAGCAGGCCAGCGGAAACCCACAAGCGCAAUUUUUUUUACAAAACCAGGGGUUUCUGCAAGGAUUCCCCCGAUCCGGUCUGUCUUCGAGACCACCGCAUUCGAUGCAGGUCCAACAAAUCGCUCAAGCGGCCCAACAACUGCAACAACUCCAAAAGGCUCAACAACAAAAUUCCAAUCAGCAUAACACGAGUAUCCCAUCCAACACGCAAUUGCCACAAACGCAAACCACGCCACCGAAUAAUUCGCACAUACCGGCCAGUCUACUCACUCCCAGCACCCCCAGUUCGGGGGGGUUGACCCCCCAGCAUUUAAAAACGCCCUCCAGGCUACUCGAACCCUCGCCGGAGGAAACCACCGACCUGGAGGAGCUCGAACAGUUCGCCAAAACGUUCAAACAGAGGCGAAUCAAACUAGGCUUCACCCAGGGCGACGUCGGCCUCGCCAUGGGCAAACUCUACGGCAACGACUUCUCCCAGACGACGAUAUCGCGGUUCGAAGCCUUGAACUUAAGUUUUAAAAACAUGUGCAAGUUGAAACCGCUUUUGCAAAAGUGGCUCGAAGACGCUGACAGUACUUUAACAAACCCUGGCGCCUUGAGCAACCCCAUGACCACCCCCGAGACGAUCGGGAGGCGGCGCAAGAAGCGGACGUCAAUCGAGACCAGUGUCCGCGUGGCGCUGGAGAAGGCGUUCGUGCAGAACCCGAAGCCCACCAGCGAGGAGAUCUCCAUGCUGGCGGACGGCCUCUGCAUGGAGAAGGAGGUGGUGCGCGUGUGGUUCUGCAACCGGCGGCAGAAGGAGAAGCGGAUAAACCCGCCGGCGGCGGCGAUGGGCUCGCCCUGCAGCGCCGGCAACCCCAACGGGGCCAUGUUCGCCAUCGCCAACUCGCUGGCCAACAGCCCCCUGUCGCUGGUCACCACCAGCGCCCACAACAACUUCAACCCCAACGUGAUGGUCAAGCAGGAAUGACCCCACGUUAACUUCUUCGCCGACCACUACAUGGAGUGAUGGGUGUCGUGCAAUUGCAGACUUUUAAGGAACAUUUCCAAUUGAAGAUUUCCGGUUUUUUAUACGAAACUUUUGGAUCUCGGUCAGAAAUCAUUAUCAUGCAUGCCACAUUUUGAACGUAGUGAUUAUUUAUUGUAUUGGUUAGUUCGAGCACCAGUGUCGUCAUCACAUACUAACAGUCUUCCAGUUGGAUAACGAGUUCCUAUGAGUAGGUUAGUUUAUUAAACACCACGGAAUUAACGUCUUUGACUGUUUCAUUUAUUUAUGCCAAAAAUACUUAUGUCUAGGGGUAGCUAGUUAUCGUCUUCGUUUUAUAUUUUAAUGUAUAGAUUGUUUAUUAUUGCUAUUUGCUUAAGCAUGUACAUAGGAGAUCACUUAUUAUUUUUCCACUCAGUCAAGUCACCAGACCGGCGGAUUCAUGUCUUGGGUGAAUGGAGGAUACGAUAAUAGAUAUUACUGUUGGACCUGGCGGUUGACAUCCAUUGUUAAGCAGGGUCUCAUAAUUAUAUAUUCGAAUGGAUGUCACCCGGCGGUUGUGUACAAUUGUUGUAGAUAGAUAUAUGUUAUACGGUAAAUAUACAAGUAUCUAGACUAGCUCUUUGUUUAGUAUUUAGUGUAUAUGAAUUUUAUUAAUCUACUCUUUAUGUAUGUCAAUGUAUAUAAUCGAAUUUAGUGGUUCUUUUGAUGAGUGAGGACCAAUCUAGAAAUGUUGAAAAGUUCCUACAAUUGAAAUUGUUGAUAUUACGUUGGUAAUUGUUUCUACAAUUGUGUGUUUAUUUUUAUUUUCUACAAACAUUAGACUGACAUACCCACUUUUGUUUUUAGACCUGACAUUGUUGAAGCAUUUUUGCGAAUAGGGUUCACGUUUUGUAAUUAUUUUGCACACAUAUAUUUACUUCGAUGUUUUUGGAAUAUGUUACCAAGUCUCAGGUGAACGUGUUAUCAUACUUAACAUAUUCCAAAAACCUUGAUUUUUGCACAAGCAACCGCAAUCACGUCCUUGUGUAAAAAUCGAACUUUGUUAUAUUAUUAUUAUUAUAUUCGUUUGUCGUACUUGUGGAAAUAAGUGUAUAGCGAUGAAAACCCGGCAAAAUGUCCACAGACUUUUUUUACAUAAUUGCACAUAUCGUACAAGACGUAGUUUACUGUACAGUCAUUUUAACGCCUGUGGACAUUUUCGAACAAUCUACGUCAUAUCAAUGUGUAAAUUUUAGCAUUUAUUCGCAGAAAUUUAAACAGAAAUGUUAUGAACUUAAAAUCUACAGUAUUUGAUGAUUCAGUGGCAUUAUGUUUGAAUAUUUAUAACAUUCCAUAGGCUUAGAUCCAGUAGGUAUAUGUGUGUACUUAGCAUAAAUGUCUCCUAGAGAAUGCAGCCAGUGAUAACAACCAAAGUGCACGAGACAGAGAGGCUGCAUUGGUUGAAUUUAUAUUAUUUGUGCGCGUGUGCUCUAAUAUAAAUUCAAUUUCAACAAAUUUGUAAUAACUUAGUGAAACAAUAUCGAAAGUGUAUAAGACCCUAUUCUGACGUGUAAUAUACUAUGGUGGUCUAGGCAAUAACAUGUACAUUAUUUUCAUUAAAGAAAAGGAUUCGUA